ACUCUGCCCGACCGAAAUGCCCGCAUCGUGUGUUACUUCUCCAACUGGGCCAUCUACAGGCCGGGUCUUGGCAGUUACACGAUCGACGACAUCCCCGGCGACAAGUGCACGCACAUCGUGUACUCUUUCAUCGGCGUCUCCAACGUCACGUGGGAGGUGCUCGUGCUGGACCCGGAGAUCGACGUGGAGAAGAAUGGCUUCGGCAACUUCACUGCCCUCAAGAAGAAGUGGCCGCAUCUCCAGACCAUGCUUGCGAUCGGCGGGUGGGGCGAGGGAGGCAAAAAGUACUCGCAGAUGGCAGGUGUUCCCGAGAGGAGAACCUCCCUUAUUAACAGUGUUAUCCAAUACAUGCACAAGUAUGGCUUUGAUGGCUUCGACCUGGAUUGGGAGUACCCCGGUGCCGCAGACAGAGGUGGCACUUUCAAGGAUAAGGAUACGUUCAGGGACUUCGUGAGAGAGUUACGAACUGCCUUCGACAAAGAGAACAAAGGCUGGGAGAUCUCUAUGGCUGUUCCUGUGGCUAAGUUCCGUCUACAAGAAGGCUAUCAUGUCCAGGAGCUUUGCUACUUGCUCGAUGCAAUCCACGUAAUGACAUAUGACCUGCGAGGUAACUGGGCUGGCUUCGCAGACGUCCAUUCACCUCUUUAUAAGAGACCCUUCGAUCAGUGGGCUUACGAGACCCUCAAUGUCAACGACGGACUCCAACUCUGGGUAAAUCUCGGGUGCCCGAAAGACAAACUCAUCGUCGGCGUGCCCUUCUACGGUAGGACUUUCACCCUUGGCAGUAAGGACAACAACGGCCUUCGUGCCCCUGUGAAGAAGUGGGAGGGAGGAGGAAAGAAGGGCCCAUACACCGGGGCAAAGGGCUUCUUGGCCUACUAUGAGAUCUGCCCCCUCGUUGGAGACCCGCAGUCCGAUUGGCCGAGGAAGUUCGACGACAUCGGCAAAUGCCCUUACACCCACAACGUCCACGGCACCUGCGGCUCCGUCAAUCCUCUGAUCACCGUCCUCCACGACUACAUGAAGGACUACGUCGUCCCCACGCCCCCGCCGACGACCACCACGCCCAAGGUCACCUGGUGGAAGCCGUGGGAUGCCUCGUCCACCACGCCUACGCCCGUGGAGGUGCCCAGCAAGAAACCAGCUACAGAGGCUGCUCCUCCGGCCGAAGCUGCGCCUCCUCCGGCCGGAGCUGCGCCUCCUCCGGCCGGAGCUGCGCCUCCUCCGGCCGGAGCUGCGCCUCCUCCGGCCGGAGCUGCGCCUCCUCCGGCCGGAGCUCCGCCUCCUCCGGCUGCAUCCAUCCCUGCACCCGAGCCCCUGCAGCCAGGCCAGUUCGACUGCAGCGUGCAGCAGUACUACCCUCAUCCCAUGUGUAAUAAGUAUUAUUGGUGUGUCCAUGGAGAGCCUGUAGAGUUCUCUUGCAGGGAAGGGACUGUGUGGGACCAAGAAAGCAAGAUUUGCAACUGGCCCGCUCUUGCAAACAGAAGCAACUGCUCAUAACUUCAUCGCGUCUUUCCUGCGUGACUACGAUAAGAAAGAACACAGAAAUGUUUCCUUUUCCUUUUUCCUUCCGAAUAUUUUUACUGCCUGUGUUACGGAAGACUCGUCAUAACUUCGUUACAAAAUGUAUGCAACGAUUGUUCAAAUAAUUAUACGUUUGUAUCCCUUGUGCGUUGGUCGUGAGGAGUGAUGUACCAGAAUAGGCUCUAUAUAUCAAUGAUAAAAUACUGAAAAAAAAAAGAAUUACGCUAAGACGUUUGCUCAA